AGAAUACAAAGAAGACUCAGGCUGCCAAGAGGCAUUUGCAGGCUGCUGGCAGAGAGAACCCUCCAGCUCCGAAAGUCGACCGACUCGUCCUCCACCAGUCCAGCCCUUCGCCCUCCCUGUCGAGCCCGUCCCUCUCAGAGGGAAGUGUCGGGCUCAAUUUUAAAUCCGAAAGCCUUGGCACGUCUCCGGGGAUCCAAAGGCCUGAGACCUCCAGAGGUCGGCUGCUCCGCACCUCCAACACCCAAUUUGAAGAUGCUGAAGCCCCCUUGCAAAACCAAGAGAGCUCACUGGAAGAGCCAAGCUGGAGAAUCAGGAAAGACAGAGAGAAGAAAGAGAGGGAGAAAGAAGAAGAGGAGGAGAGGAAGAGGGCGGAGAGAGAGGAAAGGAGUCUGAGAGAGAGGAAGGAGGAGAGGGAGAGAGAGGAAAGGAGUCUGAGAGAGAGGAAGGGGGGGGAGAGGGAGAGGAGGAAGGCUGACAGAGAGGUGGACGAGGAGAGAGAGCUUACGAUGAAGGAGAAGAGAAUGCGUCUCCUCCAGGACGAUCUGAGGAGAGAAGAGGAGGAGGAGAGGAAGCUGAAGGAGGAGAGCGAGGAAAGACUGAGGGCUGUGCGGCAACGCCUCCUGUCUAAGAGAAGAGAGGAGGAGGCCAGGCUGCACGGCGAGUCUGAUAGGAUGCUGGAGGAGCUCAGAGAGUCGGCCCAGGGGGAGAGGGAGAGGCAGCAACACAAACUCAGGGAGGAGAGCGAUGUCAUGCUGAAGGAGUUAUGCAUCACUCUGGAGGAAGAGCGAGUAGCGGAGCGCGACAGACUGGAGGCCCAGAAGAGGCGGGACACCGAGCGUCUGAAGGCAGAGUCGGAGGAGGAGCUGCAAGCGGAGAAAAGGAAACUCCAGGGAGAGAGAGAGGAGAAGCUGAACUCUAUGAAACAGGAGGUUAAAGUCACAGAGAGGAGGAGGGAGCUCAUGAGUCCACGACCUGAACAACAACUGGCCGAGUACCACCGAGAGCUGGCUGAUGUUCUUCAGGAAGUGCGGGAGGAAGUGCAGCGUGAUCACGAGAGGAAGCUGGAGCAGCUGAGGGAGGAUCACAGGAGGGAGAUGAAAAGCAUCAGAGAGAAAUACCAGGAUGAGGAGACGGCUCAGAGGGCGUGCUUGCUUUCUACUCUGCAGGAGGACAGAGAGCAUCUCCAGGCCUCGUAUGCUCUCCAACUGGAGAAACUCCGCUUACAGCUCAACACACAGAUACAAAAGACACAGCUGACACACUCGCGCAAGGAGUCAGAACUGGAGGAUCUAGCAGAUCAGAUGGAGCUCAGAGCCAAAGAGCUGAAGAGCCAGGAGGUCAUGCUGCAGACCAAGAUAGCAGAUCUGAAGAGGAGGAGGAAGAAGCUCGGGGAGGAAGAAGAGGAAGUGGACAGACAGAUAGAGGCCUUACCCCAGCUGAUCCAGGAGAGAGACCAGCUGACGGAGGAGCUGGAGAGAAUGCGAGAGGAGAAACAUCAAGCCAGAGAACUCAUCCAGAGAGUGAGGGAGGAGAAGAGUGAGGCCAAGGAGGAGGAGGAGAGGCUGAGGGAGGAGAGAGACAGAGCCAGGGAAGACAGCAGGAGGGCCAAGGAGGACAAGGAGCGACUGGAGAGCAAGGUGGCGCUGCUGCAGGAGAGAUGCGACCGUCUCAGUCGCAGAGUCAGUGAGCUGGAACAAGGCGAAGGAGUGAGCGCCUCCCCCAGACCAGAACUGAAAUGGGACAAAAAGAAGGCAGAGAAAGCAGAGGUGACGGCGUCCUCCAGUAGCAGGAGAGACUCAUUGCUACAUGUAGAAGACCUGGACGACCCGCCACUCUCCCCUGUACCUGACAGCCACAGCAGCAUGGACGAGUUUCGGCGCUACAUCUCCUCACAUGGCGCAUCCAUCCAAAAAAACAAACUCUUCUUGGAGAGGGAGAGCAGCCGGCUGAUGGAGAGACAGGCAGCUCUGCGGGCGGCCCAGAACAGCUCCUCCCAGCACGCCAACCAGGAAGGAGGGCUGACUGAGGAGAUGAUAAGAAACCUCCAGCAGGAGGCCAGAAAUGUGGUGGAGCUGCAGCGGACGGUUCAGAGAGGAAACACUCUGCUGCGGAGGAAAGAGGAGCAACUCCAGCAGCUAGAGGGCUCUAUGGCUGAAGAGACGCUGUUUGAGGAUCUGUCUCGGCUGGCAGGAGAGAGGAAGGUGACCUUUGAUGUGACUGAAUCUGACCUCAGCAGCACUGUGGACCCACCGGAUGGGACAGGAGGACACCCCAAAGUCGAGGAGUUAGCAGAGUCCCUGCAGCUGAUCUCAGGCCAGCUCAACACCGUGCUGAGUGCGUUGGGUUCACUUGCCCACAGGCAGAGCUCCACAUCCUAUACGGCCUUCCCUCUGUCUCGUCCUCACUCCAGCCCAGCUCCCACCUCCACCCCAGCCAUGAGCACCCGUGGCCACAGCUCCUCAGCCCCACCUCCCUCAGUGAGGCUCUCAGAGCCGUCCUGGAACUGGGCGCCCCAAGGCCCCUCCACAGCCACGCCUUUCUUCAGUACCCCCAUCAGCAGUGGGAUGAGGGCCUCUGAUGACCUCAUCAAUAGCCGAUGGAGUCAGAUAUUCCCCGGAGCAGCCAUGAACCCAGUCGCCUGCAGCUCCAUGGGGACAACCUCCGCAUACUCGCCGUACCCUCCUGCUAGUGAACAUGGUCGGAGCCUGCGCUCCAUGCGGAAGUCAGUGGAGGUAGACGGCCAGAGGCUGCAGGGGCUGAUUGACGGCAACAAGAGGUGGCUGGAGAUGCGCAAGAAGGACACCAGCAUACCUCUGUUCACUCGCUAUCGGGCUCCUUCAACCAAGAGCAGCCUGGUCCAGCUGGGCCUGGACGAUAACAACCAGAUCAGAGUCUAUCAUUACUGAGGACACGACACACAGUUCAGUCCCGUUGCACUGCGUUUGUCACUGAGGACUUUGGAGCAUUAUCUGUGAUGUGUACACACGGGGCCUCACCUGUGCCCUCUUCACUUCAUUCCUUUUAAAAAGCUUUCUUAGCAAAGGUUUUUCAGGGAAAGCCCGACUUCCUCUGCUGUGAUUGGUGGAUUGGAGGGCUGAGGACUUUACACAACAUUAUAUAUGGCUUAAAGCACUUCCAAUGCCACGUUUACAGAUCAUAGCUCCGUGCCAGACUUGGAGCAACUUGUUUGUUUUUUAAAUGAUUUAGUUUACUUUAUUUACUGUACUCACUUUACGUCUUUUACUGAAAACAUCCCAUAACAUUAACUUAUCUUCAUGAUGGGAACACAUGUGGUGCUGCAGGCUGGACAUAACGCUACAAAGUAGUGCUUUUCUGCUGCACAGAGGUCAAAGUUCAAUUCAUGAAAGGUUACAUUUGUAUUUAUGACAAUGCUUGUAUAAGUGACUUGUGUGUGUGUGUGAUACACAUUUCUUUAGUUUUGGUUGUUUACGGCUUGUCAGAAACAGGGAAUCGCUGUUAGAAUCAUGGUCAAUGUAAAUAAAUACUGUAUUUUUCUAUAAAGUAUUUUAAUAAAUCUAAUUUUAUAUAUG